CCAGCAACAACAUCCUCCUGAAUGCCAGCCACCAGGCCAAGGUGACUGACUUUGGCAUGUCCAAGAUCGCAGCCUCCAAUCCCUCCAUGACCCGCAGUAAGGUGACCCUGUGUCCAGGAACACUGGUAUACAUGCCACCAGAGGCCCUUCGUCCCCAGCCUCGCUACUCCGACAAGAUCGACACAUUCUCCGUUGGAGUUCUCCUUCUCCAGAUUGUCACCAGAAAGUUCCCUGCUCCCACUGCCGGUUCUGUUGCAAGGGAAGAUCCCAAGUCUCCCACUAAAGAAAGCUAUAUUCCCGUUUCUGAAGUUGACCGCCGAAAGUCAGACAUUGUCACGGUUCCAACCUCCUGUGGUUUUCUGCCAGUCAUUAGAGACUGCCUCAAAGACAUCAGCAGUGACAGACCAACAGCUGCCCAGCUCUGCCAGAGACUGGGUCAACUGAAGAGUACAAUUGCAGUCUACAGUGGGAGUCUUAGUGCACUACCUUUUGAAGGAAGAACAGAGCUCCACGAUGCUGCUGAAAGAGGAGAUGUGGAGGUAGUUGAGAGACUCCUCUCCACUUCUGUCAAUAUCAACUCCAGGACUGAGGAAGAAGGAGACACUGCUCUACUGUUAGCCUCUCUCAGAGGUGAUGUUGAGGUUGUACGUCUGUUGCUCAAGGCUGGGGCUGUAGUCUUCAUUCCUGACAAGGAUGGUCUAAGUCCACUCUAUGUUGCCAGUCAAGAGGGAUACUCUGAGGUAGUGGAUGUUCUGGUGAAAGCAGGAGCUGAUGUUAAUCAG